CAAGUGUAAAAAAUGUUAUAUAAAUAGGGACCGAGGAUAUACAGUCGUCCAAGCCAUCUCUCUUUCCAAAUUACACCAUAGGAUUUCACUUCUGUAGCUAGUGCAACCAGUAACCAUGUCAGUAGCAGAAAAAACAAACAUCAACAUUCUCAUGGUGUCACAGGCUUUACAAGGUCACGUUAACCCCAUGUUAAACUUCGCCAAACGCCUCGUUUCAAAGGGUGUUCAUGUCACCAUAGCCACAACCGAAGAAGGUCGUGCGCGCAUGCUCAAAAACACUGACCAGAAUUUUUCUGACUCAGGAAUCCGACUUGAGUUCUUUUCGGACGGUCUCAGCAUCGAAUUCGACCGCUCCGAUACAAAAACUGUAAUCAAAUCCUCACGUGAAAAGGGUGCUAAAAACCUUUCAAAUCUCAUCGACAACCUCAGCAAAAACCAAACGUUUUCAUGUGUUAUUGUCACUCCCUUUGUUCCUUGGGCUAUUGAUGUUGCUGCUGAAUAUCAAAUCCCUUGUGCAGUGCUUUGGAUCCAAGCUUCUGCUUGCUAUUCGAUUUACUAUCGUUACUAUAUGAAGAUUGAUUCAUUUCCCAAGUUGGAGGAUCCUAAUGAGAAAGUGCAUUUACCUGGGCUACCAACCUUAGAGGUAAGAGAUCUUCCUUCAAUAAUUCUUCCUUCUAGUCCUCCUCAGUAUGACGAACUUAUGGCUGAUUUCAGCAAAGCUUUGGAUAAAGUGAAAUGGGUUUUAGGUUCUUCAUUUUUUGAAAUCGAGGAUGAGAUAGUGAAAUCAAUGGAUUCACUAACCCCAAUUUAUCCUAUUGGACCAUUGGUUUCACCUUCUUUAUUAGGUGAAAAGGAGACAAGUAAUGUUAGUGCUGAUAUGUGGAAUGCAGACAAUUCAAGCAUAGAGUGGCUUAAUAGUAAACCAAACUCAUCGGUUAUUUAUAUAUCAUUUGGUAGUUUGAUUGUGUUGUCUAAAAAACAGAUGAGUAAUUUAGCUACAGCUUUGAAGAAUAGCAGACAGAAUUUUCUAUGGGUUGUUAAAGCACAAAAUAAUGGGGGAUUUGCAUGGGAGGAUCCUGCUUAUGAAUUACCAAAUGAAUUUUUGGAAGAAACUGAAGGGAGAGUUUUGGUUGUGAAAUGGUGUGCACAAACGAAGGUGUUACAGCACCCUGCAGUGGCUUGUUUUAUAAGUCAUUGUGGCUGGAACUCAUUACUUGAGACAUUGAUAAUUGGUGUGCCUGUUAUUGCUUACCCUUCUUGGACUGAUCAACCAACUAAUGCUAUGCUUAUUGAGAAUGUGUUAAAGAAUGGGGUGAGAAUUAAAGUUGGAGAAGAUGGGGUUGGAAGUGUAGAAGAGAUUGAGAGGUGUGUUUAUGAGGUUGUGGAAGGGCCUAAUGCUGCUGAGUUUAGGAAGAGAGCUUUGGAAAUUAAAGAGGCUGCAAAAAAAGCUAGUCAAGAUGGUGGUAGUUCUAGUGUUAAUAUCAAUAAGUUUCUCUGUGAAUUGAAAGUUAUGAAUGGUUCAAAGUCCAUCAAAGUUACGAAAAUGGGGAGGCCGUUAUCGACACUAUGGAAAGGAAUCACAAAAAUCAGAUCCUUUUUCUCUAGAAUCAUUCACCUAGGCUGAAUAUUACUCGAAUGAUAAAAUUGAAGGUGAUACAAGUGAUGAAGUUGAAAAUUUUCCUAUCAUAUUUAAGUUGAUGUAGCUAACUCUCUAAGUCUUAGAGUGAUUUUGAAUUAAAUUGAUUAAGUCUGUAACACAGUAGUAUCAUCUAAAGUUAAAUAAAAAGCAUAAAUUUCAUAACA